AUCAUCUGAGUUCUUACACACUUAUAACAAUACGCUAGUAUUUACGUAAAAGAAUUUUAUCGAACGAACUAGAUUUUUCUGAAAUUUUUCAGUUCAAAUUUAUAACACUAGUAUACACACAUAUUAAUGUCCAAAAGUACAUGCAUAAAGUAGAAUAUAUAAUGCAACAGAAACAACACUGUUGCAUUGCGUCCUGUGUCAUAUGUAUAUGUACAUAUGUACAUUACUUUUAAUGUAAAUCGGUUCAAAGUGAAACGCAUGCAUAAAGGGCUGCAAAGGGCUCAUCGCACUGUUGAAUCAUAUAAUAAAUUUCGACGGUCAGAAAGAUUAUUUGAAGGAAGAAUAUAACCUAAAAAUAUAAUCCUUUUAAAAUAUGCGGGAAAUAUAAAUAUAAUGAAGAAAAGAAAAACAAGACGUCAGCUUUUAGCAGAAAAAGAAGCUACUGCAAAACAAUUAGUUGACAAAGCAAAUGCUGUAAUAAAUCCUUUAGAAUCUUUACCUUCUUUUCACAAGUAUGUAACAAAGGACAAUCAAAUUAUCGACAUCUCUUGCAUGAGAGCCAAACAUGCAACUGCAGAAUGUUUAUCUUGGAUAUUUGACAUUAUGGAACGUAAUAUGAAAACCAUGUAUGAACAAUGUGACUGGGGAUGGGAUCCAGUUGCAAAGAAACAAGAAUUAACAGAGCCAGCAGCUUGGUAUUUAGUAGCUUCAUCAAAUAAUAAAUUUCUUGGAUUUUCUCAUUUUCGAUUUGAUAUAGAUCAUAGGGAAGAAGUACUCUAUUGUUAUGAAAUACAAUUGGAAUUAGCAGUAAGAAGAAAGGGACUUGGUCAAUUCAUGCUAUCCAUCCUUGAAUCUAUGGCAUUGCAGAAUAGAAUGCAAAAAGUAGUUUUAACUGUUUUCAAGCAUAAUCCUUCCGCUAUGCAGUUCUUUUAUUCUCUUGGGUAUAAACUGGACAAAACUAGUCCACCUGUAUCUGAUCUAUUGCACUAUGUUAUUGUGAGUAAGGCCGUUGACAGUGGAUCAGUAAUGAAGAAAAAAGAGUAGUUUUGUAUCAAACUAUACAAAAAUAAAGAACUAAUUUCUCUUUAAA